GAACCCGAGAUGAAGGUGUUUAUUGUCCUAGCAGCUCUACUGGCAGCAGUGAGCGCCCUGCCCAUUGAGGAGGAGCGCGUGAAUGGCGUGAAUGGAUGGUUCAUCCCUAAGGUGGACGGCAGCUUCGAGUGGAUGGAGAUGCAGGAUGCCGAGGAGCUGAUGGCCAAUGGCGCCCAGAUGGAGGGCCGCAUCAGCACCAACGCAGUCAACUUCUACCUGUACACCAAGUCGAACCCCACCAGCGGCAAGGAGAUCAAGGCCAAGUCCGGCUCCGUCGAGGCCUCCCACUUCAACAAGGACCACGGCACCCGCUUCGUGAUCCACGGCUGGACCCAGAAGUACACCGACGACAUGAACACCAGGAUCACCAAGGCCUGGCUCUCCAAGGGCGACUACAACGUGAUCGUCGUCGACUGGGCCCGUGCCCGUUCCGUGGACUACGCCUCCUCCGUCCUGGCCGUUCCCGGAGCCGGCGGCAAAGUCGGUGAGAUGAUCAAGUACCUGCACGACCAUCACGGCAUGUCCUACGACAGCCUGGAGGUCAUUGGUCACAGCCUGGGCGCCCAUGUGGCCGGAUAUGCCGGCAAGACCGUUGGAGGCCAGCAGGUGCACACCAUUGUGGGCUUGGACCCCGCCCUGCCCCUCUUCAGCUACGACAAGCCCAACAAGCGUCUGUCCACCGAUGAUGCCCACUACGUCGAGUCCAUCCAGACCAACGGCGGCAAGCUUGGCUUCCUGAAGCCCAUCGGCAAGGGAGCCUUCUACCCCAACGGCGGCAAGAAGCAGCCUGGCUGUGGAGUCGAUGCCACCGGCUCCUGCUCCCACGGACGCUCCGUUCUCUACUACGCCGAGGCCAUCAGCGAGGACAACUUCGGAACCAUCAAGUGCGAGGACUACGAACGGGCGGUGGCCAAGGAGUGCGGCUCCCACUACAGCAGCGUUCGCAUGGGAGCUAUCACCAAUGCCUACAUGGUCGAUGGUGACUUCUACGUGCCCGUGAACAGCCAGGCUCCCUUCGGCAAGAUCGAAUAGGGGAAAGCUCUGCUUGCUACUAUUCUUUUCUUAAAUAAAAAAUACAAAUGAA